AUGGCACAACCAAACGGUCGCCCGCUCUCGGCCGACCCUAAUAUAAACAGCUCUACCGCUCCUCCGUCAUCGACCUCAGACUCCUUUGCGACCACAGACCCCAAUCACCUCUCUAUUUCCCUCGACCAGGCUGAUUCUCAGUUCGGCGACGCUACCUUUGACUCUACCUCGUUUGGCGCAACCGACUUCGGUUCAUUUGACCCUUCAAACUCCUUCUCCCAACAAGCAGGCGGCGUUGUAGAACCAUCACUUGCUUUCAACGCGCAACAGUCGCAACAGCAGUUCCUCUCGGGCGACGCUGACUUUUCCCUCUUCCCUGCUGGUGCAAAUCAAACAGACUUUAACACCCCUCUGUUUGAGAACAACGCGCUUAGCCCUGGUGACAUGAAUGCAAUGGCAUCUCCAUCGUCACAUCAUACAGCUAGCCCCCCGGGUCUUUUGCAGCCUGACGGCAGCAUCGGCUCUGCGCAACAUUCUCCGUCAUUCAACCAGCAGCAGUUUCCACACAACGUCGGCCAACAUUCCCGAAACGUUUCGCUCGGUCCGGAAGCCGCUCUUCUUCCUGGUCAGCACGACUGGUCGUUGCCGCAGUUCCAGAUUCACCGUCGUAGCCCGUCGGAGUUCUCAGAUGUAUCGUCAGCAGCACCUUCGCCAAACCUCAUAAGCUCAGACAACUUCGACGCCGAUAUUUCGGGCCACUCGCCGCUACAGCGACCUUCUGACGGAAGUUUAUACCAAGAAGUCAUUGGCAUCAGCAACUUUACCAUUGCAGAUGCGCAAGCUAACAUAGCCCACGGCCGCUCCCCAUCCCACAGCCCUGCGAUCAGCCCACGUAUACCACCUGCGAAUAUGCCCGAAGUCAACCAGCAGUUUGGCCUCGCGUCGGGUUAUAUGACGACUCCAGCAUACCCUACCGUACAGGGGCCUCUGGAUGACUACUCUAUGCAAGCCCAGAUGGCACCUUCUAUCAACAUUGACUAUGCUCCUACAAACGCGAGGCAAGGUCCUUUCGAGUCAAACAAGUCACCCAUGAACCAGGACUCACUUGCACCCCCCGAUAGAGGCCGUGUCAAAUCUCGCCCUCGCUCCGUUACCGAUCCUUUUCAGCAGGGUGCUUCUGUUGCCCGUUCUCACAGCUCCGGUAGCGGGGCCCAGACGUUGGGCGCUGACUUGGGCGCGCGGCAAGAUACCUCUCGCUCGCUGUCGCCCCUCGACCGUCGAUCAGCGUCUGCAUCGUCACGGAACAGACGACAGUCGACAUCAGCCGUUCCCAACAACGUUAUUGCUCUGCGCCUCGCCGACCCCGAAUACCAAGGUCAGGAAGCUGGCUCCGCGAAGCGCGUACAGAAACACCCAGCUACCUUCCAGUGCACGCUGUGCCCCAAGCGCUUUACCCGUGCGUACAAUCUGCGCUCCCAUCUCCGCACACACACGGAUGAGAGACCAUUUGUUUGUACCGUUUGUGGCAAAGCUUUUGCACGCCAACAUGACCGCAAGCGCCAUGAAAGUCUGCACUCCGGAGAGAAGAAAUUUGUAUGUAAAGGUGAUCUCAAGGCUGGUGGCCAAUGGGGUUGUGGGCGCCGCUUUGCGCGAGCUGAUGCUCUCGGCCGUCAUUUCCGCUCCGAAGCCGGCCGUAUAUGCAUCAAGCCACUGCUCGACGAAGAAAUGAUUGAGAGGCAACGCACGUGGCAGGAACAGAAUGUUCAGCAGAACCUGGCAACACAACAGCAGCCGCAGAUGGAUGCAGGAUACCCCAUGGACGCCAGCGGCAAUAUGGUUUUCCCAGCAGCGCUGCUGGCUCAGUACCCUGCCUUGGCGCAGAUGAACUGGGGCGCAGAUAUGGGCGGCAACAACAGUGGUUUAGAGGACGAGUUGAGUGGCCGCUCGUCGUUUGAUGCGAGCGAUUACGACGAAUUAGAAGAUGGCUAUGUAAGUGCCAGCGGUUCGGGAAUCGGGCAAUUUGGUGAGGUGGGGUUUUAG